AAGAAAAGAAUUGAAAACAAAUCCAUCAUCUAAAACCCUAGUAAACAAGCAGCAACAUAUCCCAAAGCCUCUGCAAAUCUUAAGCAAAGAUGAGACCCUUAGACGAGAAAGAAACCACCGCCGUAUUCGAAAAGCUCUUCAAGUUUACAGGCAACAACUUGAAGAACAUAGUCGAAAACCCAUCUCACGAAGGCCCUGACAAAAAUCCAGGGCGCUACUGCUUCAGGCUCCACAAAAACAAAGUCUACUACGUCAGCGACUCCCUCGUAAAACGAGCCACCAACGUGGCCAGACCCAAGCUGGCUUCUAUAGGAACCUGCAUAGGCAGAUUUACCCAUGGAGGCAACUUCCAUUUAACCAUUGAAUGUUUAAACCUGUUGGCUGCAAAUGCAAAGCACAAGGUUUGGCUAAAACCCACCUCGGAAAUGUCGUUUUUGUAUGCAAAUCAUGUUUUGAAAGGUGGGUUAGGGAGGAUAACGGAGAGUAUUGCACCUGGUGAUGGGGUUGUGAUUUUUUCCAUGUCGGAUUUGCCUUUGGGGUUUGGUAUUGCUGCGAAGAGUACCCAAGAUUGUAGGAAAUUGGAUCCUAAUGCCAUUGUAGUGCUUCAUCAGGCUGAUAUUGGGGAGUAUUUGAGGAUGGAGAAUCAGAGUGAGCAGAUAAUUGAAGAGUAAUUUGGGUAUAUUUAUAUGGCUACUUGUCAAUGUUGGAUUUUGAAGUUGAAUUUUGUUGUAACUUUGGGGGUUCUGGGGUUAGUAAGCUGUUAUUGCCUUAUUUAAUUUUGCUGAACUUACAUUUUUUCUUUUUUCUUUUAUCUGUUAUUAUAGUAAGUAUUUGCUGCUU